AUGCCUCUCCUUCUCCCUCCAUCCCCAAGCAUCUCGAGCAACAAACUCAAACUCUCAACCCUGACCUUCGUAACCUCCAAUGCCGACAAGAUUCGCGAAGUCACCUCAAUCUGCAAGGACUAUGGCAUUACAGUCAAUGUUAGAAGUAUUGAUCUGCCGGAAUUGCAAGGGUCAAUUGAAGAGGUGGCCAGGGAGAAAUGUCGUCAGGCUGCUUUAGCGGUCAACGGUCCUGUUUUGAUAGAAGAUAGUGCGGUCAUAUUCCAUGCUCUGAAUGGAUUGCCGGGUCCUUAUAUAAAGUGGUUCUACCAUUCCUUAGGCCUUUCAGGUCUCAAUCGUAUCUUGGCUGGCCACGAGGACAAAUCUGCCGCUGCCGUGUGCACGUUCGCUUUCUCCUGGGGUCCUCGUCCAGCUCAAGAGGAUAGCCAUAAUGGCAGCGACAGCGACAGCGGCAAUGAUGCCAGUAGUAGCAGCAGUGAACCGGAGGUAUUCCUCUUCCAAGGACGGAAUGAAGGGCAAAUCGUUCCUGCACGAGGAGAAUUUGGAUUCGCAUAUGAUUUCAUUUUUGAAUAUGAAGGAAAGACAUAUUCAGAGCUCCGGCCUGAGAUCAAGAAUCAAGUUUCGGAUCGAUCCAAGGCGUUGACCAAGUUUAUUGAUUGGUUGGCUAGUUGA